AAAGAAAAAAAAAAACUAGCUGGCUUGUCUGUAGACUCUGUACUUUGCCUUUGGAUUGAGGAGGCAAAAAUCUUAUAAUUUGAUAUUAUCCCUCCUUCCACUAACCUUCCAAAUGCCCUAAUUUACUUGCUUUAUUCACUAAUCACAACUCUACUAAAGACUCAUCUCCCCCUUUAUAAAUUCCUCCCUCAACCUCCUCCUUCCAAUGUAAAACCCCCCAUUUCUCUCUCUCUCUCUAUAUAUAUAUAUUUCUCUCUCUCUCUCUAGCUUAAUUAUACAUUAAAUUUCAACAAAUUAGAAUGGCCUUGUCUACAAUCUCAAUAUCUCCAAACAAGCUGAGAGAUGAUUUAUAUUGUUACUCAUACCAAGAAGACUCACACACCCCAUUAGUGAUCUCUGUUCUUGCUUCUCUGAUUGAGAGAACACUGGCCAGGAACGAGAGGAUUGCCAAAAACUGCAAAUGGGCAUUGUCAACAAAUGCCAAAGCUCGUGUUUUUGAUUGCCAUGAGACACCGGACAUGACCAUUCAGUCAUACCUAGAGAGGAUUUUCCGGUAUACUCGCGCCGGUCCGUCGGUGUAUGUGGUUGCCUAUGUGUAUAUUGAUCGGUUUUGCCAGAUUCAUCCCCAGUUUCGGAUCAAUGCUCGCAAUGUACAUAGGCUUCUCAUCACCACUAUUAUGGUCGCUUCUAAGUAUGUUGAAGACAUGAAUUACAGGAAUUCAUACUUUGCAAGAGUUGGGGGAUUAACGACGAACGAAAUGAACAAGUUGGAGCUUGAAUUUGUGUUCAUGAUGAGUUUCAAAUUGCACGUGAAUGUGAGUGUGUUUGAGAGCUAUUGUUGUCAUUUGGAGAGGGAAGUGAGUAUUGGAGGAGGUUACCAAAUAGAGAGGACACUGCGAUGCGCUGAAGAAAUCAAAUCCAAACAAAAUAGUUACAAUCAGACAACUCGUGUGAUGUUGUAAAUUGAUUUGUAGAGGAAAUUUUCUACACAUCAUAUUUUUUGAUUGCAAUGGUGGUGAGAUAAUACUAUGUACAGAGUGACAUUAAUGUAUUUUGGUUUAUGUGAA